AUGGUUCCGCCAUUGCUGAAGCUCGCGAUCCUCCAGGGUCCAAGAGAAGGCGAUUCUCUGGAGUUCAAGCCCGGAUCCACUGUUCGGAUUGGUCGAUACGUUCGUGGUAACGAAAUCUGCAUUAAAGACGGCGGAAUCUCCACCAAGCACCUCAAAAUCGACUCCGAUUCCGAGAACUGGAGAAUCCACGACCUAGGAUCUUCCAACGGCACAAUAUUGAACUCGGACACUCUCGACCCAAAUAUCCCCGUCAAUCUCAGCCAUGGAGACGUUAUCAAGCUUGGUGAGUAUACCUCCAUUGCCGUCAACUUUGAGGAGACUGAUGUUGAGGCGCAGGAGCAUAAGCUUCCGCCGAGGCCGAGAAGGAGUAACAGGCGUCUGCCUGUAGCGGAUCCGGAUCCGGAUCCGGUUCCGGUUACGGUUGCUAUGGAGCCGAUUCAGGAGAAACCAACGCGCAAGGGUGGAUCUGCGAAGCAAGACGCACCUGAACCGCGGAGGAGAGGUAGGCCUCCGAAAAGUAAACCUCUUGAAGAAAUCGCCGAGAAGGAAAAGGAAUCGGAUGUGGAAGAUGAAAAGGAGGUGAAAUCUAGGGUAACUAGGUCCCGGAAGAAUGUAGCAAUUACGACGGAAGAAGAAGUUCCGGUGGUGAUAAAGGGCAAUUCUAGGGCUCGGGGAGGUAAGAAGAACACUGAGGCUGCCCAGAAUUCGGGUUUGAAUUCGGUCAAAUUGGAAAUUGAGGAUACUCCAAAGGGAGUAGAAAUCUCAGCCAUGAAGAAGAGAGCGACAAGGAGCAAGCAAAUCGGAAAUGAAAGUUUGGAAUUUGAGGAGAAUAUAAAGAGUGAGGAUACUGAUACUGAUACUGCUGUAGAGGAGAAGAGACCCACAAGGGCUACGAGGAGCAAGAGGAAAGAAAUUGGUGGAGACAUGGUCCCGAACCAAGCUCCGAAAAGCCGUGCAAAGAAGAGGAAAACGGAGUCCAAGAGCGUUGUAGCAGAAGAGAUGGAAGCUACAAACGAGGAUGUUGAUGAUGAAGAUAAGGAAAAUGAAGUGGAUGUCGUCGAACCUCAGAGUGAUAAAGAAGAUGAGACAGCUAAGAGUGUAGAGGUAGAGCAGGUGGAGGAGGUUGAGUUAAGGAAUAACAGAUUAGGAGAAGAGGACCUGAACGCUAGUGUUAGAGAAGAUGGAGAGACAGAGAACUUGCAAGAUGCAAUCGAAGAGGAAAGAGACUGUAAUAGCGAGGUGGUGGCUGGAACUGAGAGAUCAGAUGGUGGUGGUGUGUGUGAACGUGAUGAAGAAAAGGCUGAGCAGGAAUCGAGGAAUAAGAAGAAUGUAGACAAGUUAGAGGUAGAUUUAGAGAAGAUGACACUAGGAGAUUGGUUCAAAUUCAUGAGGGUUCAACUGCGUAAACAGAUAAUUGAGGAGACAGAGAAGCUGAUAGAGCCCAUGACAAGUAAAUCUUUGAGAGUUCACCAGCAUAUCGCACAACACAAGCAAGCCAUGGGAAAAGGCAGUGUGAGUUAA